CUGGUCUUCUACAUUAAAUGGUGUGUGCAUCACAAAACGCUACUGCUGAAGGUAUCUUCACCAUGUCAGCUGUGACUGAUCAGCCUCUUCCCUUUGGCCAACUGGAGCGAGAGAAGCACAUCCGCAUGAUCUUCAGAGCUUUCCAGAACAAAUGCGACCCCUUGUGUGAGUGCCACCUUCACUCACCAUCAGGACACCAAGCUCUCCAAACAUCUGGCGAGCUGCAGAAUAUAAGGAGCGAGGAGUCGUGCCUUGAUGGUGCAGGCACGUCAAACUCUUUGAGUGUGCUGGAUGAAGUCAGUGAGUUUCAUAUCACUGCAAGACCACAGCUACAGGGUCCACAGUGUGUUCCACAAAGGAUCUACAGCAUCGCCUCAGGGGACAACAGGUUACAAUUGUUCAUAGCUGUGGAAGAGAGUUCAUGCGUGUGCCUUCAGUGUUGUGGUCCAGCUCGUGCUUGUUCCUUGCAGGGUUUUGACCAGCAAGGCCACCAGGUUUUCUACUUUGACAGACCUCUCAGAAUGGACGGCUGCUGUUUCGGUUGCUGUCUCAUGGAUAUAAGCGCCUACACGGCUCAAAAGCGACUUAUCGGGACUGCGUGUCAGAGGUGGAGCAUGUUCACCCCUCUGAUUGAAGUCAAAGAUGCAGAGGGGGCGUGUGCAGCCAGAAUUCAGGGACCGUGCUGCCCAAGCCGCUGCUUGACAAACCAGCAAUUCCAGAUUAUCUCAAACAUUGGGGAGAAAAUUGGCACCAUAUGGAAGAAAUGGCCAGGCUUUCACCAUGAGCAUAAUAUGGACCAUGAAUAUUUUGGGAUGGAGGGUGAGUUUUCUCAUGUCGCUUUAAUUUAAGCUUUAAUACACACAUCUGAAAUAACAUAUCAAUUUGUGCAGUGCCACUAAGCAUGGAUUCACAAACCAAGCUGUUGCUACUGGCAGCCACAUUCUUACUGGUGAGCAUCUGUUUUCAUUUGUUAUUUUUGUUAUAUUUUUAAUGGGUUCGAAGA